AUGGCCGCCGUCAUACCAGCUGUUACGAAAAUUUCACCAAGAAUCAUCAGAAUUUUGGGGUGUAACCCCGGAAUUAUGACUCUUCAGGGGACAAAUACGUACAUCGUUGGAACUGGGAAAAGGAGAAUUUUAAUAGAUACUGGUGAUGCAGACGUUCCCCAAUACAUCAACCACCUCAAAUCCGUUCUAAACUACGAAAAAUUCGAUUUGGCACAUAUUUUUAUCACCCACUGGCACCACGACCACAUCGGAGGACUAAGCGACAUCCUCAACGAAUUCAAGGAAAAAACAAAACAUUGUCAAAUAUGGAAAUAUCCCAGUUGCAAAGACGAAAUAAAUAAAAACGAACGCAUAGAACUUCUGAAAAACGGACAAGAAUUCGCCGUAGAGGGCGCCACUUUACGCGUACAUCACACGCCCGGUCACACUGACGAUCACGUGGUACUACAUUUGCUCGAAGACAACGUUCUUUUCAGCGGCGAUUGCAUUUUGGGUGAAGGAACGGCCGUUUUUGAAGAUUUGUAUGAUUACAUGCAUUCUUUGAACGAAAUAGCGGAACUGAAGUCGGCUGUAAUUCUGCCUGGACAUGGAAAUGUUAUUCAAGACCCCAUGGAAAAAAUCAAAUUUUACAUCGCCCACAGGAAGCAGCGCGAAGAGCAAAUCAUUGAGUUCCUAAACUCGCAUCGCAACGAAACCUUCAACGAAGCAGAUCUAGUGAAAAAUAUCUAUGAAGACCUGCCGCAAAAUUUGUCGAAGGCAGCGCAAAACAACGUCGGUCAUCAUUUGAUGAAGCUGUUAAGAGAGCAAAAAGUGAUGAAGAUAAACGAUGGUUGGCAGGCCAAAAAUGUGAAUGAAGUGAAGAGUCGUUGA